GUGCGGCUUCCGGUCCCGGCUCGGCCUCCGACCCAGGUGGUCUGGAGCCUGCCGGGAGAGUGGUGGCAUCUCAGAGGCUGGUUGCGGACGGGGGUUGGGGGAGGUGGGAGCUGUUUUAACCGUCUCCCCCCUCUCCUGUGCCGGCGUGGGCAUCCCCUGGGGCGGCGGAACGGGGGCCCUCCUCCAGCUUCCGAGUCCAGCCAGCCUGGGCGCGGGGCGCCGCCCCCGAGACACCCGAGGAGUCCGCUCUUCCCUGAUUACGUGGACGGUAGAGCCGGCCUCUUGUGGUUCAGCGCCGCGUGGAGGUUGACGCGUACCUGCGGAGGUCGCACCUGGGCGUGAGGAGGAGGAGGAGGAGGAAGGGCAUGAGCCGAGCUUGAGGAAUCCGUGCUCCAAACUCUACACUCAAGGGUGGCCCUUGGGUAGGGUGAAGAUCCCUUGUCUUUAUCCUUGUUCCCCACCUUGGUGUGGGUUACUGGGUGCAGGAUGAACUGUCGCUCGGAGGUGCUGGAGGUGUCGGUGGAGGGGCGACAGGUGGAGGAAGCCAUGCUGGCUGUGCUGCACACGGUGCUCCUGCACCGCAGCACGGGCAAGUUCCACUACAAGAAGGAGGGCACCUACUCCAUUGGCACCGUGGGCACCCAGGAUGUUGACUGUGACUUCAUCGACUUCACUUACGUGCGCGUCUCUUCUGAGGAACUGGAUCGUGCCCUGCGCAAGGUUGUCGGGGAGUUCAAGGAUGCGCUGCGCAACUCUGGUGGUGAUGGGCUGGGGCAGAUGUCCUUGGAGUUCUACCAGAAGAAGAAGUCUCGCUGGCCUUUCUCAGACGAGUGCAUUCCAUGGGAAGUGUGGACGGUCAAGGUACAUGUGGUAGCCCUGGCCACGGAGCAGGAGCGGCAGAUCUGCCGGGAGAAGGUGGGUGAGAAACUCUGCGAGAAGAUCAUCAACAUCGUGGAGGUGAUGAAUCGGCAUGAGUACUUGCCCAAGAUGCCCACACAGUCGGAGGUGGAUAACGUGUUUGACACAGGCUUGCGGGACGUGCAGCCCUACCUUUACAAGAUCUCCUUCCAGAUCACUGAUGCCCUGGGCACCUCGGUCACCACCACUAUGCGCAGGCUCAUCAAAGACACCCUUGCCCUCUGAGCCUCGCCGGAUCCCUGGGAGCUCCUUGAUGGCUCCCAGACCUUGGCUUUUGGGGAUUGUACUAUUGGGCCUUUGGCUCUGCUGCCUGCUUGGGGUCGUUGGUGAGACUUGGAAGGGGCAGCCCUCGCUGGCUUCUUGGUUUUGUGGUUGCCAGCCUCUGGUCAUCCUUUUAAUCUUUGCUGACGGUUCAGUCCUGCCUGUACUGUCUCUCCAUAGCCCUGGUGUGGUCCCCCUUCUUUCUCCACUGUACAGAAGAGCCACCACUGGGAUGGGGAAUAAAGUUGAGAACGUGAGUUUGGGCUGA